AUGGCUUCCAACGACGCAGUCACGGUAGAAAAUCUCGCGGCACAAUUCCCGCUAACGUUUCCUGUACCCUCGCCAACGACACACUCGGAAUUAUUGACCCCCGGCGACCUCAACCGGGAGGAGGACCUCCUGCGCAACCCACAGUCUUUCAGGCAUUGGUGGACUGCCAUCAACAAUGUCAAAGACAACUAUCGUGCUCUGCAACGGAGCGGGCAGGAAAAGCUGGAUGUCUCGCCCGAGGUUGCAGCCCUCCUCGGCCCGCUUGCUUCGCCGCUCUCCAGGAUCACACUCCAGCGGUUGACCUACCUGUAUGAAGGUGCGCUGAGGUACUUUCCGGGGAGCUUCAAGCUGUGGAGAAGUUAUCUGGCAACGAGGAUGAACUUCGUGUUGGGAAAGCUGGAGACAAAGAAACGGGCCGGGGGUCGGAAGAAACUCCCGGAGAUGAAGGACGCAUUGGAGGAGGAGAGGGAGGAGCUGGAGAAAUGGACAGGAGGCUUGGAUGGGAUCGUCGGCUGGGAGGAGUGGAAGUCCCUAAUAGCGACGUUCGAGCGAGCGCUCAUGUGGUUGCCGAAGGCACGUCCGCGUUCACGUAGUUCGUACUUCCCUCGAUUAUGGCUCAUGUACCUCUCCAUCUUCUUCCAUCCAUUCUGCCCUCCUCAAAUUUCGCAUACACACGCUCGUCGGACAUACGACCGUGCCCUUCGCACGCUUCCUCCCUCUCUCCACCACCGCAUAUGGGUCCGCUACCUUCUAUGGGCCGAGCGGCAAGGUGGCAUUACCACUGUCGCCAUAUUCCGUCGCUACCUCGCCGUCGACCCCAGCGUCACCGAGUAUUACACGGCGCUGCUUCUUGCCGAGAACAACCCUACGCCGCGGCCGCUCGAGGCCGCUAAGCUGCUCCUCAGUUUGGCACGAAAAGCUGCAAAGGGUCAAUAUACGAGUCCAGAGGGCAAAAGCCCGUAUCAGCUCCUGACUGAAUGGCUCGAGGUAGUCGAGAAGUACGCGGAAGAGGUCGGUUUGGACGUCGAGGACACCGACGCAGCGGGGAAACAGGCCGCCCAGGUCGAAGAGGCGAAAAAGGAGGUCGAUCAAGCCACUUCAGAGCCCGCAUCGGUGCAUGGCCAAUUGAUCCGCAUAGCCGGUCCACCCGUCACCGUCAACGCCGACGGCACCGCUGUCCGGCCGUACGACGAGGACGAAGACCCUACCUCUUCCCGCAAGCUCAACAUCGAGCGCAUCAUACACGAAGAUGGCCUUGCCGUCUACAAAGACCAAGCCGGCCGUCUCUGGACCGGCCUCGCCACGUAUUGGAUCAAGCGCGCUGAAUUUGACCGCGCGAAGGCAACGUUCGAGGCUGGGCUUGCGUCCGUGCUCACGAUCCGCGAUUUCACGCAGAUCUUCGAUGCGUACGCCGAGUUCAGUGAGAGCCUGAUCAGCGCGAUGAUGGAGAGCAUCGCGGAGCCGGACGAGGAUGAAGACGAGGAGAGCGCACAGGAGACGGAGAAGGAGCUCGACGAGAAGAUGCGGGAGUUUGAGCAGCUAAUGGAUCGCCGGCCGUUCUUGCUGAACGACGUGCUACUACGGAGAAAUCCGAAUGACGUCCAGGAAUGGGAGAAGAGGCUGGCGCUAUGGGGAGAGGACGAUGACAAGGUUGCGGAAACAUACAAAAAAGCUAUCGAGACCAUCAACCCCCGUAAAGCCACGCCAAACCUCUACCGUAUCUAUGUCAACUUCGCCAAGUUCUACGAAGAGGGUGGCGUAUCAGGCAAGGCUGAGUCGGAUAUCAUCAGCGCUCGCAAGGUGUUGGAGAAGGCCACGAAGGUCCCCUUCAAGACCGUAGAAGACCUUGCAGAAGUUUGGUGUGAAUGGGCGGAGAUGGAACUGAGGCAUGACAACUACGACGAAGCGAUUCGGGUGAUGCAACGGGCGGCUGCUGUGCCCAAAAACACCAAGAUCAACUACCACGAUCAGACGCUUCCCGUACAGGCUCGCCUGUUUAAGUCACUCAAGCUUUGGUCAUAUUACGUCGACCUUGAAGAGGCUAUUGGCACCGUCUCCACCGCCAAGGCCGUCUACGAGAAGAUCCUUGAGCUUCGGAUUGCCAACGCGCAGAUCAUCGUUAACUAUGCAGCCUUCCUCGAGGAGAACAAGUACUUUGAGGAGAGCUUCAAGGUGUAUGAGAAGGGCGUGGAGCUGUUCACCUAUCCGAUCAGCUUCGAAAUUUGGAAUAUCUACCUCAGCAAAUUCGUCAAGCGAUAUGGUGGAAGCAAGCUCGAACGAGCGAGGGAUCUGUUCGAGCAAGCGCUUGACAAAUGCCCGCCGAAGUUCUGCAAACCGAUUUUCCUCAUGUACGCUCAGUUGGAGGAGGAAUACGGUCUCGCGAAACGAGCGAUGGCAGUGUACGACCGUGCCACGGGGGUUGUGCAAGAUGAUGACAAAUUCGAGAUGUUCACAAUUUACAUCGCGAAAGCCGCCUCGAAUUACGGCCUCCCUGCCACCAGGCCCAUCUACGAGCGUGCCAUCGAAGUUCUUCCCGCCCGGCAAACAGCCCAGAUGUGCCUGCGCUUCGCCGCCCUCGAGCGCAAGCUGGGCGAGAUCGACCGAGCCCGCGCGAUCUACGCGCACGCCUCCCAAUUCUGCGAUCCGCGCACGAACCCGGGCUUCUGGGCGGAGUGGAACGCGUUCGAGAUCGACACGGGCAGCGAGGACACGUUCAGGGAAAUGUUGCGGAUCAAGCGGAGCGUGCAGGCGCAGUUCAACACGGAGGCGAGCUACCUCGCCGCGCAGACGGUGGCAGCGAGGGACGGCGCGUCGGCGAAGCAGCUGGAGGAGGAGAGUGCGGCGCUGGCGGAUCCGAUGGCACAGGCCGAGAAGGCUGCUGUUGCAGGCGGCGCGCCGAGUUUCGUGGCGGCGAAACAGAGCACCGGGACGAAGGAGACAGGGGAAGCUACGCCCGCUGCGUCUUCAGCUCCGGCCGGCAACGCGGAGGAGAUCCAUAUAUCAGACGACGAAGAUUUGUAACAAAACGUUGUUCGUCGUUGCCUGUGCUGUUGUAUCUGGGCAAACCUUGCGUUGCAACUCUCAGUGCUAACCUGUACAAUUGUUGUCCCGAACAUUGACACUGG